AUAUCUAAUCCUUAAAAAUCAAAAAAAUGAUUAUUGUAUAUAUUCCGUUGUCUUUCUCGCCUCUGAGUUGUCUUCUUACAAAACAAAACAUUUUUCUAUCAGAACUUGCUUUCUCCACAAUUCAAAGCUAAUUACUUUUAUUCAUUAUUCGCUCUCUCUUUUGCAUAUGAUUUGGUGGAAGAAGAAAGAAAAACAAACAUAUAAUCAGAUCUUGUUUUUAGCACAAACCCGUUUUUUAUUUCAUCUUCCUCCUCGCAUCAUGUAUUGAGAUUAAAGUAGCAGCAAUCCCGGAGUGAAAAAAACAAGAAAAAGUCUGAGACUUUACAUCUGGGUUCAAGGUUCAAGAUUAGAUCUUAAAAUUUCUGCAAUGGUUAUGGCAGCAGAACCGCAGUUUCAUGUUUUAGCUGUUGAUGAUAGUUUAUUCGACCGUAAACUUAUAGAGAGAUUGCUUCAAAAGGCUUCGUGUCAAGUGACAACUGUUGAUUCAGGCUAUAAGGCUUUAGAGUUUCUUGGUUUAAGAGAAGGUGUUGAGAUUAACGACCCAGAUGCAGUUUCUACAUCUCCUGUGAUUCACCAGGAAGUUGAAGUGAAUCUUAUAAUUACAGAUUAUUGUAUGCCAGGCAUGACUGGUUAUGAUUUGCUCAAGAAAGUCAAGGAAUCAUCAGCUUUUAAGAACAUACCAGUAGUAAUAAUGUCCUCUGAGAAUGUUCCUGCAAGGAUCAGCAGAUGUUUAGAAGAAGGAGCUGAGGAGUUUUUCUUGAAACCAGUAAGAUUAGCUGAUCUCAACAGGCUGAAACCUCAUAUGAUGAAAACAAAGUUGAAGAACCAGAUGCUGGAAGAGAUUGAAAAGCCUUCAAAAGUCGAAAGUGGAACCGCAGCAGCAGUAGUUGAACCAGAGGUUAAAGAUUUAACAGAAAUCGGAAUCAAAAUCGUGCCUCUUCAGUCAGAAGUAGAACCAAAACAAGUACAUUUGCAAGUAGUACAACAAGAGGAUCAAACAAUGAGUAACAACAAGAGGAAGUCAGUGGAAGAAGGGCUCUCAACAGAUAGAUCACGUCCUAGAUUUGAGGGUAUCACAACCGCUGUCUGAUUUUAUCGCCAUGAUGCUUCUUUUUUCGGUAUCUUGAUUUUAGAGCUUUGUAGGAAUGCUUCUGCUGGUACAAUACAUGAUUUCAGUAGGGAAUGCAGAGGGGGAUUAUAGAUGGAUGAUAAUUGAUGUAUGGGGAUGAUGUUUAUAUGUACAUCAGUAAAUCUUCAAUGGUGAAUAACCCAGUCUCAGUUUUGCUCACUCCUCUUUUUUUAGUUUUGCUUUAAAGAAACUCAACUUGUCUUUCUGAAAAUGGUAUUAUGAAGGAUCUGUAGAUCUGUCGCUUUAUUUGGAAA